AUGACGUCGAACAUCAAACACCCAUAUUCCCAAAGCUACCCCGACGCCGAUGGGUAUUUCGGCCAGUUUGGCGGUAAUCAUUAUCCGCCCCAGGUUCAUCCAGCCCUAGAGGAACUAGCCCAAGCAUAUCAACAGCUACGUCAAUCACCGGAAUUUGAACGCGACCUUAACAAAGUGCGAAUCGGACUUCAAGGGCGGCCAACACCAGUCCAUUACCUGGAGAACAUCUCUAAGCAAGUUGGUGGCGCUCAAAUUUUCGUCAAACGAGAGGAUCUGAACCACACAGGCGCACACAAAAUCAAUCACUGUGUCGGCUUCGCACUAUUAGCCAAGAAACUAGGUAAGACGAAACUGAUUGCCGAGACAGGAGCUGGUCAACAUGGCGUCGCGCUCGCAACCGCGGCCGCCUAUUUCGGUCUCGAAUGCGAAGUUCACAUGGGCGAGAUCGAUAUCAGCAAACAGAGUUCGAACGUCGGUCGCAUGCAGCUACUCGGCGCACGCGUAGUGUCAGCAAGCACUGGCCAAUCCACCCUGAAGGAAGCCAGCGAUUCUGCAUUCAACGCGUAUGUAGAGCAGCAUGCGCAUGCUCUCUAUGCGAUUGGAUCGGCUAUCGGGCCACAUCCCUUCCCAAUGAUUGUUCGGGAUUUCCAGGCUGUUGUUGGCCAAGAGGCUCGCGAGCAAUUUCUUUCUAUGACGGAUGGCAGUUUGCCUGACCAUGUUGUUGCUUGCGUUGCGGGUGGCUCGAAUGCGAUGGGUAUGUAUUUGGGCUUCCUUGAGGAUGACGGGGUCGUUCUGCACGCUGUGGAACCCAUGGGUAAAUCUGAUGAGCUGGGACAACAUGCGGCGACGUUAUCCUUUGGCAGACCAGGGACUUUGCAUGGUGCUCGAUCGAUAGUGUUGCAACAAGAUGAUAACACGCCUGCAAGUGUCUCGUCUGUGGCGUCUGGGCUCGUCUAUCCCGGUAUCGGCCCGGAGAUUGCGAUGCUGCAUGAAACAGGUCGGAUUUCUGUCGCGGGGAUUUCAGAUAAAGAAGUUAUCAGUACAUUUUUCCGUAUGGCAAAAACGGAGGGAAUUAUCCCGGCUUUGGAGAGUGCGCAUGCGGUAGCGUUUGCGAUUCGAUUGGCGUCGCAGCGCCCUUCGUCCGAGCGGAUACUAGUCAAUCUGUCUGGGCGCGGCGACAAAGAUGUUGACUAUGUGCUUGAGAAUUAUGGGACAGGUGGAUAG